AUGGCUGCCCACAGUGAAAUAGGCGGGGCAAUGCUAUCGCGCGACGCUGGCUUGCCAAUCCCCGACGCCGGCUCCCCACUUGAUUGGCCCGGCUCGCUCAUGAGCCUGCCCUCCUUUUACGUGAACACACUGGCCAUUGAAUCCGCCGAAUCUGCAGCGCCUCUUGUGGCCUCGCCCCGAGAUUCCACGAUUCUCUCGUCUGCGUCGGAAAACGAGAGUGCCUCAUCUCCGACGCUGUCUUCCUCCUACACCAGCUGGGAUGACGCCCAGCUGCAGGCCGCUCCCACUCAUGCCAUGCCAACAUCUGUGGCUCCUCAAGCCUCCCGGGUGGCGCCAGGACUCGUCUCCCCAGCUCUUCGCCCCGCCCCGGCGUCUGUGCCCAUCCCAAACGGUUCAGGCUUUGCCAGCUUGCCUCAUCACCUUCAGUUCAUGCUAGCGGCUCGUUUCCAGGCCGCCUCGUCAGGCUCAGAAGCUGACGCACUGACACCUUCGGAGCAGCUGGCAGUGCGCUCGCGUGUGGCUCAGCUGGCCAGCCACCUCCAACGCCAACGGUACCACCAAGCGACUGCAACCAACCUGCUCGAUCCUCCGUCCGGCCUGACGAGUUCCAUGCCGCGAAACCCAUCAUGCCUGCAAGCCGAUCGGCUGCUGGUGCGCCGUCGGGCGUCCCCCUGGAUGGCGCGACGUCGCUUCCGCAUCUCGGGCAAGUCUAGUGUCAAGACUUCUGUGUGGUGUCCAUUGGAUGGCGAACACGCCGCCGGCAUGCUAUGUCCCAUGGGGCGCCUGCAAGAGCUGCCCGCGGAUCACAAAAGUGUUACGGACCUCUUUGAGAAUGCUUUUUGCCUGCCAUCGGAGACCAGCGACGAAGACGACAACACAGAUCAUGGCGAUGAGGGAGGAAGCUCAAGUACAGACGCCUCGCCACCGCCAACGCCACGCACACCAGCCUCGCCCAGCGGCACGGCGCUGGUCGCCAUGAGUAGCAUGUUGCCAGACAGUCAGUUUGUUGCAGAUCGGGUAUGCCAGCCUAAUCGCUUGGUGGUGGCUCGCUUGGACUGCCGCACGGGUGAUUUUCGUAGCGCUGCCAGCGUCCGGGUUGGGCAACACGUGCGUAGUAUGGCGCUGCACACGACGACGGACGCUGUGCACUUGUAUGUGGCGGCCGGUACCAAACUACGGCUUUUCCGACCAACCGAUGGAGAAUUGCGCUGCGUCUGGAGCAAGGAAACGGACGGAGUUCUGCAGCAGCUUGAGCGCAACGCGAGUCGACCCCUGUUGCUCUUGGGUGGAUUUUCGGGGGUGGUGCGGUGCUUGGACCUGGGGCGCACUGAAUCAGUACGCCGACGCACCGAGUUCUCGAGCUGCGUGUAUCGUCAGCACCUCUCCGAGGCCGUGGCCAGCUUGGCAUGGCGACCGCAGUCGCUCAACACGUUCUCUGUGGCCCUGGACAACAAUCAAUUGGAGCUCCGAGACCUGUGUGACACGGGCCGCGCUGGUGUGCGGUUGCACAUGGCGUCGACGGCCUAUGGUCACUGCUGGCUCGACGCACAGACCCUGGCAACGGGGCACGACGCAGGCGCCGUCGCCCUCUGGGACGUGCGCAUGGCCACGCGACCUUUGCAGCAAUUUCACCUGACGGGGCUGGGUGCCGUCGGUCACCUGCGCUUCAACGCUACUCGAGCACUGCUGAGCUGUGACGGCCAUGGCAGCGCACUAGUCGACUUUUCGGGUGGACACGCGGCGCCGCGUGCUCUGGUGUCCGUGCCAUCAGCGGCUCCCUCACCGCAUACCCUCAUUCCUGGUCCCCCUCAAACGUGUUUGCAUCACUUUGAAAACGAUGCGCUUCUGGCGUUUGACUCGGAUGGCUUUUUCGGGCUUCCCACCCCGCUCGCCGCGCAGUCUGCCUCGCCGCUGCUGGCAUGA